GUAGUGGUGCGCGCGCGCACUUGAUCGAGCGUCAGUUGCGGUUAAUUUGGUGUUUGUGAUUGUGAUCGACCGGCGCCUGAUCUGACGAUUUUACUGGACUUCGGAUACACUAAGCAAUAUGAGCAGUACAAUUCUGCUACUCGCGCUGUGUGCAGCGGCGCAAGCGCUGACUGUCAACCUGCAGCCGACGCCAAGCCAGGCCUUCCUGAACAACAUAGGCUUCCAGCUCACUGGGCCUGGCGCUCAAUACGCUAAGGUCGUGGCUGCAGGCCCGACGGCCCAGAGGCUACCUGUCUUAGGUUUUGGCGAACUGUCGGGUGAGGCACCAGUACCGAGCGGACCUGGACUAAGUUUCAGCAACCCACCCCCACCGUUGGGCACGGGGACCGAUCCAGGUGCCCAGACCUGUGGCCUGUCUCCGCCCUUCUGCACCAAGUCUCGAUACAGAGCGAUUGAUGGGUCCUGCAAUAACCUCGCCAGGCCCUCAUGGGGUAUGCCGCAGACACCCUACGGACGAUUGGUGCCGUACAACUAUGCUGAUGGAGUAAGCGCUUGGCCAAGAGCGGCAUCAGGUGCUCCGCUCCCCAACGCAAGACUGCUAAGUCUUCGCCUAUUCCCUGACAGACAGCUGGUCAGCCCCAUAUGGAACUUGAAUGCCCAGCAGUGGGGCCAGAUCAUAACCCACGACAUGUCGCUUACUGCUGGCGUGGCGCAAACCCACAAGGAUCAGCUAACAUGCUGUGACAACAACGGGCGGCUGGCUCCAGACUCGGCCACCAAUCCGACUUGCGCCCCGAUCCUGAUUCCUCCCAACGACCCGGUUCAUGCUCCCCAGGGAACCCAGUGCAUGAACUUUGUGAGGACCACCAGCACUCGUGAUAGAGGAUGCACAGGCCCCAAUGCUCCUGCAGAACCUCUGUCAACAGUUACAGCAUACAUGGACAUGUCCCUUGUAUACGGCAGCAGUACAGGCCAGGCUACUCCAAUCCGCGCGUUCCGUGGUGGACGUCUUCUGACCGUGCUGAGAGGAGGCCGAGAGUGGCCCCCUCAGGAUCCCAACAUUACCCUCACUUGCGAGUCGGCGCAGUCGCGAAAUGAACCUUGUUAUUUGACAGGUGACAUCCGUACAAACCAGAACCCCCAACUGGCAAUUCUCCAAGUGCUUCUCUUGCGUGAACACAACCGCCUUGCUGAUAGUCUUGCCAGCCUCAACCCUCACUGGAGUGACGAGAUCCUCUACCAGGAGGCUAGACGUAUCCACAUCGCACAGUUCCAGCACAUCAACUACUACGAAUACCUGCCAAUCUUCCUUGGCUAUGAUAACAUGGUGAAGAACAAACUGAUAUACCCGGGAGCGCAGGGCUACAUCAAUGACUACAAUCCCAACGUAGACCCAUCGGUCUUGGAUGAGCACGCCACUGCCGCGUUCCGGCACUUCCACACGCUUAUUAGAGGAUACUUGAAAAUGUUCUCCGAGAGACGUGCCGUGGUUGGGACCGUCCGCCUCAGCGAUUGGUUCAACCGACCACUGAUACUUGAGCUCCGAUCUGCCUUCGACGACUUGGCCAGAGGGCUCACGACUCAAGAAGAAGACUACAGUGACCAGUUUUGGGACAGUGAAAUCACGCAAUUCCUUUUCAAACGUAACAACACCUUCGGCGGCGACCUCCGGGCCACAGACAUCCAGCGAGGCCGCGACCACGGCUUGGGAACCUACGUGGCCACCAGAGCGGCCUGUGGACUGCCCGUACCCAAUGACUUCCACGAUCUCUUAGACUUCAUAUCGGAAGAGAACGUAGCAGUUCUCGAAGACACAUACCAGUCAGUACAUGACGUGGAACUGGUGGUGGCAGGUUCUUUGGAAAGGAACGUGCCCGGUGCACAGGCUGGGCCUACCUUCCUAUGCAUCUUGACUGAGCAGUUCUACAGAACAAGAGUGGGAGACAGGUACUUCUACGAGAACGGAAAGGACUCUAACACUGCAUUUACGCCCAGUCAGUUGAAAACGAUCCGGAGCGGGUCGAGCAUGGCUCGGAUACUCUGCGACAACUCUGACGGGAUCAACGUUAUGCAACCGAAGGCGUUCCAGCAAAUUGGCCAUGGAAACCAGUUAGUACCGUGCAACCACCUACCACGAAUUGACCUGACGUUAUGGCAAGACGCCCGAGGGAGGCUUACAAAAUAAUAUUAUUUAAGUCUAAACUUAUAAUAAGUUAAUAUUUUAUAACAAAACCUUAAAAAUGUGACUAACAAAAUUUAAGUCAACAGUUACCCAAGGGCCGUGAUAUUAAAAUACUAAGAAAACCUGGUGAAAUCAGUUUUGAUCACAAAUUAGAAAGAAAGAAAAUUACGUGUAAAACCAGAGUUGAUGAAUGAAUGAUUUUUUUUUUCAAUCAAUUUAUUAAAGACUAGCUUUUGCCCGCGGCUUCACCCGCGUGAAAUUUAGUUUGUCACAGAUCUUCAUAAUUUAUAGCCUAUAUGUUAUUCGGGGUUAUAAACAGUAAUACUGUAAAGUUUCAUCAAAAUCCGUUGAGUAGUUUUUGCGUGAAAGAGUAACAAACAUCCAGACAUCCAAACUUUCGCGUUUAUAAUAUUAGUAGGAUUUAUGAAGUUCAAAUUAAGUUGAAUUUUUUCAUUAUACAUUAGGUUGAACUACAAAAUAAUGGGAUAACUGUAUUUUUCAUUAAAACUUGACUUAGGUGCUUUCGAUUUCUUCAUUAUUAAUUUUAUAGGUACGUUUUUUUUAGUUGUGUUAUUUUAUCAUGUUUUAAUAAUUUCAAUCAUUCUUGUGUUUUAUUACUGAACGAACAUUUUUAAAGGUAAUUUUAAUGAAAGUUUUGAUUAAUAUUUAUUGAGUGCUGAAUGACAAAGUUAUGUGUGUGAUGUGUUGCCACUUAAAAUUGAAUAAGUAAUUAUUGCCCAUUUUCGUCAACAAUUAAUCAAUUUAAGGACCUCUUAUGACGAAGAUAACAUUUAUCCGUUUUGAGAGUUCCUUAAAUUCAGAAAUUGUUGGGGAUAGGUAAAUAUCUAAUUUACUUAAUAAUGUUAAAUGUUAAUGUUUGAUGUAAAAUAUUUCUUUGUAAAUAUCCAAUAGAAAACAUUUUGAUGUAAUUUAACAUUUUAGGUCUUUUAAAGUGUGUAAAUAAAAGAUUUUAUUAAGAUAAAA